AUGUCCCGACCAGCGCCACCGGACGAUGUCUACGAGAAGGAUAACUACUACGAAGAAAUAGACCGAAGGCGACGAAACAGAGACGAUCGUUACUUUGAUCCCGAAUUUGGGCACCGUCGACGCCGCUUAACACGCUCUCCGCCUGCAGUCCGCGAGGUUGAAGAGCGAGUUCGGGUCCGUCGCGACAGCUCUGCACCGGAUGUCCCUCCUGACCGUUACUUACCUCCCAGAGAUGAGGACGUUAUACCCCCAAGGUAUCGUGACAGAGUGCGUCCGGACGACUUGAGGCUGCAGAGAGAGAUGGACGAGGGUUAUAUCCGGCGUAGGACUCCGCCGCUAUCUCGUCACCAUCCGAGCAGAGGUUCGAGGGACGAAGUCACUCUGGACGAAGGAGAUGAAAUUGAUGAUUAUCGCAAAAGAUCACGGGAAAAGGAGAAAAUCAUCUUCGAGGAGCGGAGGUUACAUCGUCCUCGUGAAGAGGAUGAGCGCGACGAUGUCAUUAUUCGCCGGAGAGAUCGAUCAUUGCCACCUCGCCGAGUGAGAGAAGACGAAGAGGAUAUAAUCAUUGGAAAAGAUAAAAGGCGCAUUGAUCCUCGGGAGGAGCUAGAUGAUGAAAGGAUUAUUUUCCGCCACCGUGAUCGCCCGUCACGCCGAGAAGAUGACUCUGAGCGCGAAAGAAUCAGCCGUCAUAGACGCUCGAUGCCAGUACUCGAUGACUAUCGCGCGGAAGAGGAUGAGGUGGUUAUUCGUCACAACCAUGAUUCUCCUGGUCCCCGUCGCCGCCGUCGUCAUCGGGACGAGAGAUAUAUACUUGACGAAGAUGGACGGGAAGAGGUCAUCUUCCGGGAGCGAGAUCGCCAAAAACAAGAAGAGAUCGAAAUACGCCGGGAGGAAAGAACUCCUCCCCAUCGUCGUCGUGACGAUGAUGGCGAGAUUGAUGAUAUCCGCAUUCGUCGGCGAGGUCGCUCCAUUCCACCACCGAGAGAAGAAGAUCGGGAUGAGAUUGUUAUCAAGCACAGAAGCCGAUCAUCGCCUCGAAGAGAAGACGACCGGGAAGAAAUUGUCAUACGCGAGCGUGAUCGUUCCACACCUCGAAGAGGGGAGGAUGACCGAGGGCAGAUACGGAUUCGUCACUUCCAUGGUUCGUCGCGGGCGAGAGAUGAUGAUCUCGAUGAUGUAGUGCUACGACGGCGAUCGGUCCAUUCACUUGAUGAUGAUGAUGAUGAUGACCGCGAAGAAGUCAUCAUACGCAAGAAGCAUGGAAGGAGAAAAUCAGUGCCCCGGGGUCUCGAAAAAGACGAAGUAGUAAUACGUGAUGACGACCGAGGCAAAGACCGCAUCGAGUUCCGUCAUGUUCAUAGUCCUCCUCGUAGCCCGCGUCGCUCUGUUUCCCGACCGAAAGGCGGUGAUAAGGAAGAAAUCAUAAUCAAGGAUACCGAUAGGAGCGGAAGGCGAGGGAAGAACGAAGCUAGUCGUGAAGUCAUCAUACGGAAAGAGGAAUCAUCAUCGUCGGAAUCAUCCCGUGAACCUUCGGUUGUUCGCAAACCGCCUAUUCUUCAGGAAGUAAUUACCCAUCACCGUCAUAUUGACAGCUACGAGGUUGUUCCACCUGUCCGACGAGAUAGCCCCGAAGAGUCACUCGCUGACGAUGUGGACGUAAUUGACAUAAAGCGAAGAGGGGAUAAACGCGGGCGAGCAUAUGAAGAAGAAAUCAUUAUCGACAAGGAAAAAGAAAGGAGCAUAUCUCCACGCCAACGACAUCAACUCGAUGAGGACGAGGAUAAAUUGGUCAUCACUCGGACCAAAUCAGGAGAUCACGGAGUCGAGAAAGAGGUAGAAAUCAGACAGCGAGAGCGUGACAGAGACCUUCCAGGAUUUGAAAGGGAAUUAGUCAUUCGAGAACGGGAUCGAAGAGAAGAAAUCGAAGCAUUCCCCGAGCCCAGGGAAGAAGAAGUCCAUGCUCAUAGGAGAUAUACCGACAACACCAGAAAAAAACGCAACAAACUCUGGACAGAGAUCUCCAAGGAUCUUGUUAUCCGAGAAGCUCUUAAGCGAGCAGGUUACGAGUUUGAUGAGACUGAUGAUUUUUACUACGUUUUUGAGUAUCUCCGCUAUGAUGACGUCGAAAGACUUGUCGACCUCAGCGAGGAUAUACGUCAAUUCCGCCGCGAACGAAUCCGUGGCAUACGGCGUGAGCGAGAGAGACUUCCACCACUUCCCGUUAUUCCCGGUCCACCUCCUAUUGCACCUCGGCCUCCAUUGAUGCUGGAACGGCCGCCUGUUCGUGAGCCAUAUCCAUGGGAGGAACGUGAGCGCUAUCGUGAACGGGAUAUCGUCAUCGAGGAAGAUCGACGCCCGCGCCGAUAUCGAGAGAUUUAAUUCCUUCUUAUACACUUAUUAGCUACGACACAGACAACAUCAAACGACAGUGACGAGAUACGAUAGAUACGAUGUCAUGACACUAUUUUUUUCUAUUUACAUAUCUCAUCUACACUUUACUAUGGAGUAUUUAAUGGUUUAUAGUCCCGUAUUGAAUUGAAGAGUUGCAAAUGAGCAUCACCAGAUGUCAAUAAGCACCGACCAUGGAUACAUUUCGCCAGUGUACCAAGGAUGUGUUAAGGUACCCGGACCCAUUUACAAAACAUAAUACAAUCAUUUAUGGGUCUUCUGUCUCAUAUGUACCAUGGAUAAGAGCUGCGACAAUUGGGUAAGUGGCUUUGCAGCUCCAUGGAUGAGGCUCAGUUGAGUGGUAAUGCGCCUGUAAAAUAAUUACUUGUUUGGGACUGAGCUUAGGGUUAGGCUCAUCCCCCCUACUAUAAAGAAAAACGUGCCAAUGAUUUUGAUUUUUUGAACA